CUAAUGAAUGUGCCAUUCGCCAAUGAUACAAACGUUUCCGUAUUGUAACUCUAUUCCAUAAAUUCCAGCGCUUUUUUCAGAACUGUGUGGCGGUGAAUUUCCAUCCAAAUCCGCUCAUUUUUUUUUAGUCGGCUGCAGAAAUUUCGUGUGCUGCAAAAUGUGUGUAGUUUGUGAUUGUAAUAAUCUUGUGUGAUUUUGCAUACUUUUCAUUCAUUCGCGUAAAAAAGCAAUUUACUUCAACCGUGAUUUAAUGUGCAUCGCUUUCUAACAUUGCAGUGUUGUCGAUUGUAAUGUUUUCUCUGUAGACAAACCUCACAGUGAAGAAUCAUCCCACGCAAAUGAACUUUUCGCAAUUGUUCGACAGCGUAAACACAAGGAACGUAAUUCCGUAACGUAAUGUGGUGACAUUGACGAGGCUUCGCAUAAGACUCGAGUAUUGAUCUAUGAUGCUCCAUCAUAACUGUGCUACGAAGACUGUCUAUCUACCGACCCAGUUGUUCCUGAGAAAUAAUCAUCGUUAGCUGAUUGCGACGGCGUCCAAAGGAUCAUCUCACUUUGACUUUUGCCCUUCGAAAUGACUGAAUACGGCCUUAGCAUGACAAGCCUGACGUCACCACUGGAUUUUUCGCGUCACCGGCGUCAGCCCCAGAGGGAAUCGAACCCAGAACCUCGAGAAGCACACCUUCCGUCCGCCUCAGUGCUUGAUCUGCGGGUCAGGAAAGUUGGAGAAGCAACCGACCAAGAUUGCAGGAGUAUGUUCGAGGCCUACGUGGCGAGCGCAGGGACCCCCCCUUCACCGGCCACCCCCACGAGGGCUUCCCGCUCGACGAGCGAGUCCACAGACGACUCGGUUCCCCGCUCACCAUCACCCCCGCAUUUUCAAAAUUCCCGCCAAAACCCGGCACCCGCGAACACCCCAAGGCUCGGACUAAACGCCCCUCUCUACGUGAACACAGCCACUGAUGGUCCCCAGAGGCCCUCUGUUCCCGACCCAAGGGCUCCUUUGUCGCCUGCCGCCCAACAUUCGCCCACGCUACAGAGGAUGUCAGACUCCACGGAGUUCAUUUCCGGUUCAGCAUUCACCGCAACCGGAAACAGAUCCUUCGACGCGUCCCAGUACUACGCAGCUCUUCGGUCCCUCUCGAGCGGAAACCCACAAAACUGGAUCCAACAAGCGCGAGCUUCCGGCUACCACCGGCUCCCGCCUUUUUCGGAGAUCUCACUCGACCAAACGUCCCGCCAACUCGAGCUUCCGGGCCAGACCGGAAACGACAAAGAACAGCGGAAAUCGGCGGAUUUCCUCCCGAUCUCAGUGCUCGCUCACGACCGAAUAUCCGGGCCGCGUCCGCAGACCGGAAGUGCGGAGGAGUUGGACGGGAGCGGAAGCGGAAGUGACUGCGAGCAGGGGCAACUUCCGGUCUCGACCGGAUGUGAGAACGGGAAGGACGAGGCGUACUGGGAGCGGCGGCGCAAGAACAACGAGGCGGCCAAGAAAUCGCGGGACGCAAGACGCGCCAAGGAGGACGAGAUCGCUGUCAAAGCCGCCGUUUUGGAGAAAGAGAACAUCUGCCUCAAGUUGAAUCUCGCCGCCUUGAAAAAGGAACACCAAAGGCUCAUGCAUAUUUUGAAAUAGUUUUCUUAAAGGCUUUCAUUUGUACAUUGAAAAAAAAAAUUCUUGGGAUAUAUCGUCACCUUCCGGUCAAAGUAUCACGAGCGCCAUGCGACGUUUCAAAAUUUUUGCC